CAAGCAGUAAAGGCUAAAUACAACACAGACGGAUUGUGUAUAAAAUAAAAGGGGUGGGCCAUAUUUUUAUUUUUUUUUUAAACAUCACCUGAGUCUGGGCUAAAUCGAGAGAACGUCAAUCAAAGGCUAAAGCCUGUGCGAGGCGUGCUGGGAAGGAGCUUUAGAUGGCGGAUGAGCCUUGGGAAGGGGAACCCGUAGAGCUCGUCGACAGCACUUCUCUCUCAACUUUGAACUUUAGAGCUCGUUUUCGAGGUUAUAUUUUAAAACGUUAGGUUAAUCUGUGUUUUAUGUGAAUAUAGAAGUGUCGCAUUGUUUUUGCGGUUUUAUUUCUUCGAGAAAAUAGACUGCUUUAGCGUAGUCGUUGUUUUCUGUGCCUCACACUGGCAGCCAUGGCUGUCCUCCAUUUUUAGUGCACUGCGCGCGGCUCAUGAGAAACUCCGCUCUCUGUUCAAAGGGCCAUUGUUACUUUUCUUACAUUAUAUUUUUACACUUUGUAACAUUUCGAAUCGUAUUAUAAUCCGGAUCUAUCGAGAUUUCUGUACGUUUUUUCCUUUUGUUGUCGGAGUAUAAUAAGUUCGAUAUUUUUAUUCCGGCGGUGGAUGCUCCCUACAUGUAUUUCCCUACCUGUCUGUGGAUUAGGUAUGUGUACGUUGCAGGUUUUUGUGCGAUCGGGUCUGUUUUGAUUCUUUUAAAGAUGUUUUCAGUCGUCCUUUGUCUUGAUGACGCAGUAAGAAUUUAUGCAUGUGGGAUCUUUUGCAUUAAAAGCCUGAACUCGUUUGUUGCCUGGAACCCCAAGCCGGGUAUCAUUUAAUUCACAGUUUUUAAUCUCAUAUUUCCUAUUUAAUAUUUUUUUUUUCGGUAAACGUGUCACGGUUGCUCAUUUUCCACUUACGAAGCAACAGGGGACUUUUUUGCAGUCCUGAAACCAAAAGCAGGACUGAUUGGACUUGCAUGAUGGUUUCACCCCCUCUCAACUUUUGACAGUUUAAUACCGAGAGUAAAGAUCAUCGUUAUCUGUGAAACACCGUAACCAUGUUGAAGAACAAGGACAAAAAGGAAGGAGACGACGCUUCGACUCAAAGCAAUGCUUCGAGCAACUCUGCAUCAGAAGAGUCGAAUCGUUCAGGCUCGGAGUCGGGCAGCCAGUCUGAGAGUGAGCAAGGAAGUGAGCAUGCACACUCCCAACAUUCCGAAUCCAACAGCACGUCCGAUUCUGAGAGCUGCUCUGAAUCUGGGAGUGAGUCGCCUGCGUCGAAGUUACGCCAGACCAUUGCAGAGAUUAAAGAGAAACGGGUCAAAAAGAGAGACUUGGCCGAUGUGAAAAAGGGCAACAGUGAGUCCGAGAGUGAAGGCCACAAAAGAAAAGCAUCACAACGGAAAAAGAAAGAAAAUACCUGGAAAGAUGACUCAAAUGACGAAGAUGAUGGUGAGGAAGAAGCCAGCAGUUCAGAGAGUGAGCAGGAAGAAAAAAAAGUUAGAUCCAGACGACUUCCUGCUAGAAGGCCACAAGCCAAAUCAUCUACAACCAAGCGGCAUCAGUCUCAAAAGGGACGGAAACAGAGGAAGCAGGAAACAUCGGACGAGGAUGAAGAUGACGAUGAUGAGGAAGAGGAUACUCCAAAGAGACAGACGCGACGAAGGGCAGCUGCUAAAGUUAGUUAUAAGGAGGAUCAGCACGAUUUUGAAACUGACUCUGAUGACCUGAUUGAGCUGGCAGAAGGGCCAGAGGAUGUGCAGGAUGAUGACAGUGAGACCAUUGAGAAAGUCAUGGAUGCCAGGAUUAGCAAGAAAGGAGCUACUGGAGCUGCUACCACACUCUAUGCUGUAGAGGCCAGUGGAGACCCCGGAGCAGAUUUUGAACCUGAGAAGGAGGAAGGUGAGACUCAGUUCCUUAUCAAAUGGAAGGGAUGGUCCUACAUCCACAACACAUGGGAAAGUGUGGACACUCUCACUCAGCAAAAGGCCAAAGGAAUGAAAAAACUGGAAAACUUUAAGAAGAAAAAUGACGAGCUCAAUGCUUGGUUGAAAAAAGCCUCACCUGAGGACUUGGAGUAUUACAAUUGCCAGCAAGAGUUAAACAUUGAUCUGAACAAGCAGUUUCAGAUAGUAGAGAGAGUCAUUGCAAUGAAAACAGGGAAGUCACAGGUGGCUUCUGAUUUUCCCUCUCAUAAAACCACAUCUAAUGAGCCUGAAUACUUGUGUAAGUGGAUGGGUCUGCCCUACGCAGAGUGUACUUGGGAAGAUGGUGCCUUGAUAAGUAAAAAGUUCCAGUCUUGCAUAGAUAGUUUCAACAACAGGAAUGUCUCCAAGACCAUGCCCUCCAAAGACUGUAAGGUGUUAAAACAGAGGCCCAGAUUUUUGGCUCUGAAGAAGCAGCCUUCAUAUAUUGGAGAUGAGAAUUUGGAGCUGAGAGACUACCAGUUAGAUGGGCUGAACUGGCUUGCACACUCUUGGUGCAGGUGUAACAGUGUUAUACUGGCUGAUGAGAUGGGCCUGGGGAAGACCAUUCAGACCAUUUCAUUCCUUUCCUACCUGUUCCAUCAGCACCAGCUGUAUGGGCCCUUCCUCUUGGUUGUGCCCCUCUCCACACUCACUUCCUGGCAGCGCGAGUUCAGUACUUGGGCUCCUGACAUGAAUGUUGUGGUCUACCUGGGGGAUGUUUUGAGCAGAAAGACGAUUCGCGAUUAUGAGUGGGUUCACCAGCAGACCAAAAGAAUAAAGUUCAACACACUUUUGACCACAUAUGAAAUUCUACUGAAAGAUAAGGGUGUUUUGGGAAAUAUAAACUGGGCAUUUCUUGGGGUUGAUGAGGCUCACCGACUGAAGAAUGAUGACUCACUGCUGUAUAAAACACUAAUAGAUUUCAGAUCCAACCACAGGCUUCUCAUAACAGGAACACCGCUGCAGAACUCACUCAAAGAGUUGUGGUCGCUCCUGCACUUUCUUAUGCCUGAGAAGUUUGAGUUGUGGGAGGAUUUUGAAGAAGAGCAUGGUAAGGGCAGGGACAAUGGCUACCAGAGCCUGCACAAAGUGCUUGAGCCCUUCCUUCUACGUCGUGUAAAAAAGGACGUGGAGAAAUCUCUGCCUGCCAAAGUGGAGCAAAUCCUCCGAGUGGACAUGUCCGCCCAGCAGAAACAGUUCUACAAAUGGAUUCUCACAAGGAAUUACAAAGCCCUCUCUAAAGGCACCAGAGGCAGUUCCUCAGGCUUUCUCAACAUUGUUAUGGAGCUGAAGAAAUGCUGUAAUCAUGCCUUCCUCAUCAAGCAGUUAGAUGAGGCAGAACAUGAGAAUCCUCAGGAGCACUUGCAGGCACUGGUCCGUGGUAGUGGAAAGCUCGUGCUCUUGGAUAAAUUGCUAACAAGACUGAGGGAAAGAGGCAAUCGUGUACUUAUCUUUUCUCAAAUGGUCCGUAUGCUGGACAUCUUAGCUGAUUAUCUGGCCAUGAAACGCUAUACCUUUCAGAGAUUGGAUGGCUCCAUCAAGGGAGAGCUAAGGAAACAAGCACUUGAUCACUUUAAUGCAGAGGGUUCUGAGGAUUUCUGUUUCCUCUUGUCCACCCGUGCUGGAGGUUUGGGCAUUAAUUUGGCCUCAGCUGACACUGUGGUCAUCUUUGAUUCUGACUGGAACCCUCAAAAUGACCUGCAGGCUCAGGCCAGAGCCCAUAGAAUAGGCCAGAAAAAACAGGUGAAUAUUUAUCGUCUGGUCACAAAAGGCACUGUGGAGGAGGAUAUUAUUGAAAGGGCAAAGAAGAAGAUGGUGCUAGACCAUCUUGUCAUACAGAGAAUGGAUACCACUGGAAGAACAAUACUAGACAACAACUCUGGCAAUUCAAAUUCAAAUCCAUUUAACAAGGAGGAGCUGGCAGCUAUCUUAAAGUUUGGGGCAGAAGAUCUGUUUAAAGAACCUGAGGGGGAGGAAUCAGAACCACAGGAAAUGGACAUUGAUGAGAUCUUGAGGCUUGCAGAAACCAGGGAAAGUGAUCAAGGUUCCAGUGCCACGGAUGAGCUUCUGUCCCAAUUUAAGGUGGCAAACUUCACCAUGGACGACAGUACACCAGAGCUGGAGGAGAAGACCAUGAGGGAUUGGGAUGAAAUCAUUCCAGAAGAUCAGAGACGGCGGGUGGAGGAGGAGGCGAAACAGAAGGAGAUGGAGGACAUUUACAUGUUGCCCCGGAGCAGAAGCUCAAAUAAAAGAGUGCAGGCAAAUGACAGUGACAGCGAUGUUGGCUCAAAGCUCAAACUGAAGAGCCACUCAUCAGGUUCAGAGAGUGAGACGGAUGAUAGUGAGGAUGAAAAAAAGCCCAAGCGGCGAGGCCGGCCACGUGCACGCAAAAACAAUGUGGAAGGUUUCACAGAUGCUGAGAUUCGCAGGUUCAUAAAAGCUUAUAAGAAAUUUGGUGCGCCACUUGAAAGGUUGGAGGCCAUUGCACGUGACUCUGAACUGGUGGACAAAUCCAUAGCAGAUCUUAAGAGACUAGGAGAGCUGGUGCACACCACAUGUGUAGCUGCAGUACAGGAGCAUGAAGAACAAGUGAAGGAGAACCCUACCGAAGCUAAAGGACCAGGAAAAAGGCGAGGAAUUAACAUCAAGAUUUCUGGGGUUCAGGUAAACGCUAAAUCUAUCAUCCAGCAUGAGGAAGAAUUUGAGCCUCUGCACAAGGCUGUGCCUUCCAAUCCCAUCGAGCGGAGCAAUUUUCAGCUGACCUAUCGUAUGAAGGUGCCACACUUUGAUGUAGACUGGGAUGUUCAAGAUGACACACAUCUCCUGUUGGGCAUCUACGAGCAUGGCUAUGGCAACUGGGACCAGAUCAAGACUGAUCCUGAGCUGAAACUCUUGGACAAGAUUCUUCCGGACAACCCUGACAAAAAACCACAGGCAAAGCAGGUGCAAAUGAGAGCUGAUUAUUUAUUGAAGAUCCUGAAGAAGGAACAAGAGAGCAAAGACACAUUCAAAGCAGAAGAAGAGUCCCAGGUAAAGAAGAGAAAACCUCGAGUAAAGAAAGACAAGACCCGAAAAGAUGAACUGGUCAGUGAAAUCUCCUCUCCUCAUCUCUCUGAACAUACUUCAGAGGAAGGUGAAGUGAAGGAUAACAGAACUGAAAAAAAUCCAACUAAGAAAAAACAGAAGAAGGACAACAAAGAGAACAAAGAGAAGCAGGGCACUGCAAAAAAAGACAAAGAGGGUGACGAGGACAAAAAACGGACAAAACUCAAGAAGGAAAAGACUAAAUCAGGAGGCAAAGGCAAGAAAGCUCAGGGCCCCGUGCACAUUACAGCAGGCAGUGACCCAGUACCUAUUGGAGAGGAGGAUGAUGAGCUAGACCAGGAAACAUUCAGUAUUUGUAAAGAGCGGAUGAGGCCGGUGAAGAAGGCUCUUAAACAACUGGAUAAGCCUGAUGAAGGCUUGUCGGUGCAGGAGCAGCUGCAGCACACACGUGCCUGCCUGUUGAAGAUUGGAGACAGAAUCACAGAGUGCCUUAAAGCCUACAGUGACCCGGAACACGUCAAAACCUGGCGCAGAAAUCUCUGGAUUUUUGUGUCCAAAUUUACGGAGUUUGGUGCUAAGAAACUGCACAGACUAUACAAAAUGGCUCAAAAGAAGCGCUCCCAAGAAGACGACAAAGAACACAAGAAGAAAGAUGACCCAGCCAAAAAGAAGCUAUUCCGUCCUGAACCUUCUGGAUCAAGUCGGGACUCCUCUGGCACACAGCCUUCAUCCAAACCACACCCACCAACAAAUCACCCAACAGGACCCCCUUCCCACUCACACCACCGUGAGCCCUACAACCAGCACAACAAGAGACACUUCCCUAAAGAUUAUCGGGGAGAUUGGCAAAGGGAACGUAAAUAUAACUACCCAGGAAACAGUAACCAGCCAUGGCAAAGUGACCGUCAUCACCCGUAUGACCAGCACAGGUAUAAGGAGCAUCACUACAGCAACCGUCGGGCACACACAGACUUGUACCGCAGUAGUGGUGGCUUCCGGAACCCAGGCUCAGCCCGUAAACGGGUGUAUGAUGAGUACAGCAAUGAUCGAGACCACCGUGCUCAUCGUAACUAUUUUGACAGGCAUCCAGACCCAAAGAGGAGACGCUCAGAUGAGUACCGCUCUGCAAACUACCACCAGGGAGGAAGUGGAGGAGGCUAUGGUCAGGAUUUCCGGAGGAUGCCUGAACAUCGUGGUGUCCCAGGGCCUGAUCACUACCGGCCAUUUCACCCAGACAAACUCUCUUCUUUGCUGGACCCGCGCUCUCCUCAGGUGCAAAAAUCCCCGCUUGAGUCCCCCUCACCCCUGGAGAGAACCACUGAACCCAAACCCAGCCCAGAUCUUGACUGGAAUAGAAAGACAUGAUUCAGUCCUCAAUGUUAGUGGACUAUGUAGGGAGGCAGCAGGUUAAGACAGGACCACCAGUCCCCUCCUACAUCUCUGAACUGAUGAUCCAAUAGGUGGAGCUCAAGCCUCUGUGUUCUUGAUCUGUCUGGGUCUUUUGGGGCUAAAAUGAAUUAAAAGAAUUAAGCCGUGUUAGUCCUAUGGACUACUGAAUGAAUUUUAGAAAAAAAAAAGCCUUUGAAGUAUAACCGGAUGUGGAAGCUUGGAAGUGCCUCGCUCGUUUUUCUUUUCUUCAGUUGUUAGUAGAAAACGGAGUAUUCCCUGUACAAAUGUUACUUUGAUGGGUUUUUUUUUUUUGCUUUGUGCAGAGGCGUAUUCCAGGAAAACAAGCUUUGUGAAGAAAAAAGAAUCUUCAACCACACAAUUAAAUGUUAAACAACUUGAGUUGUUUUGAUCCUGUAUUUUAAAGCAGCACCCUCUGUUGUAUACAUUUUAGUGUUUUCCUUGGGCCCAACAAACCUGAUUAGUUGAAUCAACAAAACUGUGUUAGAGUAGGGAAAAUGCUAAAAUGUGCAUGGCAGGGGGUACUUCAGGACCUGGGUUGGGAACCUGUGCUGUUUUUUGAAAAAGUCUUAUAAUACCUUUUAUUCUUCUCAUUAUACCAAUAAGAAAAUGAUCAGAAUGUGUCACCAAAUGGACAUUUGUACUUUUGUUCUGGGCCUCAUUAAAUAACAUAAGAAAAACAAUGCAACGUCCCCACAGAUGGCUGAUUGUGCAAGUUAAAUUUGCUCUAACCAACCAUGCAGUAACAGAAAUCUUUAUCAGUGGAGGCCUUGUUAUUAGAACACUAAAUAAUUAAAAAAAUAAAGCUGUAUUUUUUUUUGUGGCUAGUUUGCUCUCCUUUAUCCAUCACAUAAGUAUGUGUAGCCCAAUCAUACGUACUGUUGGAUAUUUACCUUGCACUAAAAGUAUUAUACUCUAUAAAUCUCCAGUUAUAAACGGGACGAAUGUUGACAUGUUAAGUAGAAAUGUCUGUAUUAGAGCAAAAGCUUGUGAAUGAAGCAGGAAACUUGGAGUUUUUGUUUCACCAGUUGUAAAGCCAAAAUUAGACGGGUGUGCUAGAAACUAAAUAAUUUAAGUGGGGUUUUUUGUUGUUGUUGUUGUUGUUUUUCUUUCUAUUUUUUUCUUUACAUUUCCCCUCCAUCUGUGCCUUAUUCUUGUGUCUAAUAAAAUACAGGGGUUUUAGUGUGUUGCAUUAAGGAGAAACAUGGCAUUAUCCCAAGUAGGGUUAUAUAGUGCACUACCUAGGGUGUGGAAGUCAUUUUCAUACUCUUUGUAGUGCAUGGAUCUAGAGAGAGAGGAGGCAUUUGGGAUUUAGACAGUUUUUAAACAAGAUUUUUCGAUGGAAAAAUGCUGAGUAUUGUUGGUGCCAGUUAGGGACUGUGGAGGCUUCAGAGAGAGUGGAAAACACCACUUUCUCACAGAGGCAAGUGUGUGUUUCUUUCCUCCAAGAAACUAUAUUCUUUAAGAAGUACCAAUUAAAGUAAUUUAUAUUUGUGAAAGCAGCCACUGUUCACAUGAACUGCACUGUACAUACUGUUUAUACAUCUGUAUGUAUUAAACUUUGCUACACCAUGCA